AAAGAAAUUCACAUCUGGUCUCACUUAUUACAAAUAUGCAUUCUCAAAAAUAUUCCAGUUUAUUUCUUUUUUCUAUUUCCAUACAAAUCCAAUUAAUCCACGCACGACUGUGUGUAUUGGUGACUCUUCCCCUGUUAACCCAACUUUCAUUCCUAUGCAGUUCUAAAAAUGUAAGUUCUAAAAAGUGCUGUCAGUUUAAAGACAUAAAUUGUCAAAUUAGGUCAAACAGCCUGCGGUCUGUGUGCGCGCGCUCAUGUGUUCUAGAAGCCGUUGCCGUUCCUCUGAGCGUGAAGCUUCUUCUGCCCGCCGUCAGCUGUUUGGCGACCACACCCCUUUAACGGAUAAAGUUGUGUAGGCCUACACAAGACUGGUCUUUCUACGCCUGCUACGUUAGGUUAACACACGCCAAACGUUCACUGUACUGUCUGUCCAUCGCUCUGCCGCAACAUAGCGCAGCAGGGGAAAACAACAUUUUCUACGUAUACCAGUGUAUGUCAGUAUACACUGUAUCUGGACAAGCGCACUGUCAAGAAUCCGUUGGUUACCGACAUGUCCCCCUUUACGCGCAUACAUAUUGUCAAUUUUACACGCACGAUUAUAAACCGUUUUAUCAAUUGAACCAGCUCCAAUAUAUGUUUUAUAUCAGCGGGUCUGUCUUGUAGGCAGUAUGUAUGGAAUAAACAGUUUCGUUAGUAAGGAUUAGUGCGCUUUCACCCACCAGAACUGGUUGCCAUACAACAGGUAAAACGAUUGAUAUGCUACAAAAACAAACAAAAAACUACAUUUAAAUAAGAUGUUUUAUAAUGGUGUUAUAACAAGAGUUGACAUAUAGGCCUAGGCUUAUAGAGUUUUCUAUGCUAUUUGUGUCGCUGUGGGUUUUUGUAGAGAUGCGGAGAAAAGUGUUAUGCGCCUCUAUAUUGAUGUUUACGGUAGUAGUGGUGCUGAUGCGGGCGGGGAAGUGGAAUGAGUCAGGUUAUGUGAUGCUGCUGCCAUUUAAUCAACAGCAACAUUGAUUUCAUAACAUUUAGCGGCCUUCAAAAACAGUAAACGAAAAAGGAAGAGGAGUGAAAAGAAAACUAACCCUCCGAAUUUAUCACAUUCGAAACGAGUGUGGUUGUAGACAAUAGUGUAGACUUUCCGUUCACAAAUAAUAACCUUUUGUGGAGUAAAGCGUGCUGUGGAUUUUUCUCCUAGACCUAGGCCGUUUUAGCCAGUUGUUAUCGUUAUAGACCGUUAUAAAGACAUCACAUCGAAGACCCGUCGUUGGAUCUCUGCAGGGAAUUGUAAACUGUGGUUUAUGUGUUGCUGUAAGACUUUCUUUCGGCGUUUGUUCUACGAAAGAGGCGGCGAGCUUCUCGAUACGAUGGAACCUGCAGCAUUCGGGUUCUGAACGCCGCAACCAAACCACACGAUAGACAGUAGUCACCAUGGAGGCGAUAUGGCUGUACCAGUUCCGACUCAUCGUCAUUGGGGACUCGACGGUGGGGAAAUCGUGUUUGAUCCGGCGGUUCACAGAGGGGCGCUUCGCCCAGGUCAGCGACCCCACGGUCGGCGUAGAUUUCUUCUCUCGCCUGGUGGAGAUUGAGCCGGGGAAACGCAUCAAGCUACAGAUCUGGGAUACCGCGGGACAGGAGCGUUUCAGGUCCAUCACCAGAGCUUACUAUCGUAACUCGGUGGGCGGGCUCCUGCUGUUUGAUAUCACAAACCGUCGCUCCUUCCAGAACGUUCAUGAUUGGCUAGAGGAGGCCCGGAGCCACGUCCAACCACACAGCAUCGUGUUCCUAUUGGUCGGACACAAGUGUGACCUGGAGCCUCAGCGUCAGGUGACUCGUCAGGAGGCUGAGAAACUCGCCGGCGCCUACGGGAUGCGUUACGUAGAAACUUCGGCCCGCGACGCCAUCAAUGUGGAGCACGCCUUCACAGAGCUGACCAGGGACAUCUUCCAGCUGGUGAGGAGUGGUGACAUCACCAUCCAGGAGGGCUGGGAAGGGGUGAAGAGCGGCUUCGUCCCCAACGUGGUCCACUCCUCCGAGGAGGUCACCAAGAGCGACCGGCGGUGCCUCUGCUGAUCUGGAGGGAUCCACUAGAGAGAGAUCCCUGACCUUGUUUCCCCUAGGUCCUCCUGGAUCCAUUUCAGCUCUCUAGUUUAGCCAUUUGCCUCUGCUGAUCUGCAUCUGGAUGGAGGGAUCCUACCCACAACUACACUACAUGGUCAAAAGUAUGUGGACACCCCUUCAAAUUAGUGGAUUCGGCUAUUUCAGCCACACCCGUUGAUGACAGGUGUAUA